CCAAACCAUCUUGACGACACAAUCCCCCUUCCAGGCUCCAAACGUACGAUCUUUGAGUUUGGAACUUUCGAGUAUAAAGAUAUACCCCUGGAAAAGAAGAACUCCNCUGUGGUGAUAAUAGGAAGUAGUAUGGUGGGUAUGUUUAUGGGAUUGUUGCUUGGGUAUUUUGGGUAUGUUUGUUUUACCUUCCUCCCACCUCCACUACCCACCCACCCCUGGCAAUAUACUGAUGCAGAAGCAAAUGCCAGAAUCCACUCUGUAUCUUUUGACCGCCAUCCCUCAACAGCAAUCCACCCCCGCGCAGCUCUCUUCCUCCUCCGCACCGUAGAAAUCCUGCGCCAACUAGGACUCGAACCCCUCUUCAUUUCCGAAAGCGAGAAAAACUUUGACCUAGACGCUGGAAUGCUAGUAGUCGAAAAACUGUACCAAGGAAAAACAAUUGCAAAAGUGCAAGAAAGCGAUCCAGGAGAAGUUGCGAAGUGCACGCCGUGCAAAAGACUUUGGCUUACUCAGGAUAUGUUUGAACCUCUGUUGAGGAAAAAUGCUGGAAGAUUUGGUGCGGAACAGAGAUUUGGGGUGCAGGUGAUGCAAUAUGAAGAAUGUGCCGAUGGGGUUUUUGUCAUUGUCAAAGACGUCCAAACGGGGAAGGUCAAGAAAUACAAGACUAGGUAUGUUGUUGCUGCUGAUGGGAAUAGGAGUGCCACGAGACGCAAAGAAGGCAUUCAGUGGGAUGGGCCUGGUCACCUUGCCUCCAGCAUCUCUAUAAACUUUAAAGCAGACUUGGUGCCUUAUUUGGGAACCAGAGCUGUUCAUGGAGUUACUUACAUCAUGAAUGCAGAGUUUACGGGUGGGUUUCGACUUGAUGCUGGAGGCAAAGGUGGCUUUUUGGUUGUUUCCAAGGCUAAAGGCAGAGAUGAGGGGUUUGAACCGGAUUCGGUGUCAACAGCUGAAGCACGCCGAUUCUUUGAAGCUUGUUCGGGGAUUGAUGCCGAGGAGUGUGGGUUCGAGGUUGAGUUUGUUUCGUAUUGGACGGUUGCUGCGUACAAUGCGGAAAGGUAUUGUAGUGAAGGUGGGAGGGUCUUUCUUGUGGGUGAUGCAGCGCAUGUUAUGCCGCCAGCGGGUGGCAUGGGCGGCAAUACAGGCGUUGCAGAUGCAUACAAUCUAGCAUGGAAGCUGGCCUAUGUGCUGACUGGUAAGGCAUCACCCAGUCUCCUCGAUACUUACAACCAAGAACGCCAACCAGCAGGAGAAUUCAGCAUGAACCAGGCCUUCUCCCGACUUGUCAACAGAGUAUUUCGCAACAGAAUCUCAGAAGGUGUAAAGGAAUUGCCGGAUCUUGUCUGCGAGCUGGGAUAUCGAUAUACCCAAGGCGCCAUCAAUGCUCGUGAAGCAAAAGGCUCUCAGAGUAUUUUUGAAGAUCCACAGUCGCCCUAUGUGCUUCCAGGAGGCAGACUACCUCACAUCUGGUUGAUCGACGAGAACGGCAAGAAGCUGUCAAGUUUGGAUCUCGUCAAGUGCAACUUUGUGCUUUUGACGACAGAAGACGAGUCACCAUGGAUGGACGCCGCUGCAAAGCAGAGUAUACCGAUUGACGGAUAUGUCAUCAAUGCGUCGUCGCAUCCUUAUCGUGAAUGCGAGAGAUCAGCAAGAGAUGCGUGGAAAUUGCAAGGUGGUGAGGCAUUACUGAUCCGACCGGAUGGUAUCAUCGCGUGGAGAGCGGCGGGAGUUGCGAGUGGACAUCAAAGCGAACUUGGUCGAGCGUUGAGGGCUGUAUUGAAGCAA